AUCGGAAUUAGAAGGGGGAAACAGGUUCAAGGACUUUUGACGAUUAGCAGGCUCGACCGGUCUCGACGUUGCAGUCUGCAGACGGAGCCGAAUCGAGAAAUGUCUUUGUCGACCAUAGAAGGCGACCACAUCACGCUAACCAGGUUCGUCCUGGCGCAGCAGAACCGGUUCAAGAACGCGACCGGCGAACUCACCCAGCUUCUCAACGCAAUCCAGACGGCCGUCAAAGCCAUCAGCACUGCCGUCAGGCAAGCCGGCUUUACGCACUUGUAUGGAAUGGCUGGUUCAACAAAUGUACAAGGAGAAGAGGUCAAGAAACUGGACAUUCUUUCCAAUAAUCUCUUUGUCAACAUGCUAAAAUCUUCAUACACUACAUGUGCUUUAGUCAGCGAGGAAAAUGAAAAUCUGAUUAUUGUGGAUGAAGAAAAACGAGGAAAGUAUAUUGUAUGUUUUGAUCCAUUGGAUGGAUCUUCAAACAUCGACUGUUUAGUUUCUAUUGGUUCAAUAUUUUCAAUUUACAGAACUGAUCUACCACAAGGAAAAACAGCGACUCUAAAUGAUGUUCUGAAGCCAGGGAAAGAAGUGGUUUGUGCUGGUUAUGCUCUUUAUGGCAGUGCCACGAUGCUUGUUUUAACCCUUGGACAAGGAUGGGGCGUACACGGUUUUAUGUUGGAUCCAGCCAUAGGAGAAUUUUUACUGACUGAGCGAAACAUAACUGUCCCGCUUAAAGGAAAGAUAUACAGUGUUAAUGAGGGAUAUGCUCAUGAAUGGGAUCUAGGAAUGACAGAAUACGUCCGAAGAAAGAAAGAUCCAAAAUUAGGAAAGCCAUAUUCUUCUAGAUAUGUCGGCUCAAUGGUGGCUGAUGUCCAUAGAACAUUGAAGUAUGGUGGUAUUUUUAUGUAUCCCGCUAACAAAAGUGCACCCAAUGGAAAAUUGAGACUUUUAUAUGAAUGUAUUCCCAUGGCAUUGAUAAUGACUGAAGCCGGUGGAAUGGCCAUUGAUGGGAAGAAGGAUAUUUUAGACCUGGUGCCGACAUCAAUUCAUCAGAGAUCUCCUUGCUUCCUUGGUUCAAAGCAAGAUGUUGAAGAACUUCAGCAGUUGUUAAAGUAAUCAUGUUCUGUUGUUUGUAAUAAAGUGUUUUUGUAAUUUGA